AAGGGGGCAGGUGAUAUCGAGUUAUGACGCAAUUUUAAGUCCGUUAUUCGUGAGUACCACCCCAUGAGCGAGGCCAUUCAACCGUCACCUGGUCACAGCUGAACCUCACUGACAGAUUCAAUCAUUCGCUGGUGAGCCGAAGAUUGUAAACACAAGGUCAAAGAGUCGUGCAUGAUGAGCUGCUAAGAAUAUUUGGACUAAAUUCAUAUUGGAUUUUAACGCCAUAAGGAACAAAUUAACUACAGGCCAGAGCGCUUGGCACUAUAGCUAAAGACCCGGAAGAUUGUGGAUGGGGCGCAAUUUGCGACAGAAUUCUUGUAGGCAUUCAUGACAAUUCUGAACAGAAUGGCGCGUCGAAGGAGUGCUCUCCCAGUGAUUUCCGAGCCAAUGUUUGAUCCAGAGCGCUUAGAGGCUUUGCUGGAAGAUGAAUCGAGACGAAGGAACUCUACCAACUCAGUGCAUUUGAGUCAACAAAACGAUGACUCGUUGGAUGUGAAUUUAAACGAAAAGGGAAGCCUGGAGUAUUCACGUCAAACAGAGAGGUACAAGUUAUGCGUCGUUGGUGACAGUGAGUGUGGAAAGACGAGUCUGCUGAAUGCACUUGUUAGAAGUGAUUUUGAGGCAGAAGAAUCGUGUAUUUUUGGCGAAUGCGUGGCAGAUAUCACGACAGAAGAAAGUAGAAUAGAAGUUAUGCUCUGGGAAAUAUCAGGUCUUGAGCACUUUGAUAGCAUCAGAAGGGAGAUGUAUCGGGACUCUGACGUCAUUCUGAUUUGUUUCGAUAUUGGGCAUCCCCCAUCGCUAAAAAGCGUCGUUGACAAGUGGGUCCCCGAGAUCAGUAACGCAUGCCCGGGAGUUCCAUACUUGUUGAUUGGCUGUAAGAAUGACUUGCGCUCUGACGCGGCUCUGCAGCUCUAUCUGACCGUGCCGGGUCAGGAGCCUGAGGAGAGUGACAGCAUCAGUAGACUCCAGGCUAUUUCAAUGGCGCAGUCUAUCGCCGCACGUGAUUAUGUGGAAUGCUGCGCCAAAACACGCUGGAAUGUUAAAGAGGUGUUCAAGAGCGCUGCCGUUGCUAUUCUGCACAAGGACGACGAGAAAGCUCCGGAAGAUACCAACAAAUCUCAAUCGGUGCUUCGGAGAUUUUCGUGGUUCCAUCGGAGAUCUUCGGGAUCUGAUCUAAAUGACUGCAACACGGUUGCUCGCUCUGUGUCAGGUGGUCGGAGACGUUCCCUGUUUUCAACGAGCUAACUAGCGGGGAAGCUCUCGACCUAAAGGUUCUGAUGUAUUUUUCAAAUCAUUUGGGGCGGUUGCUUUUUCCUUGACGUCACUCAAGACAAAUUGAAUGAUAUUGCUCCAAAUUUUGAGGUCGUUAAUUUCUCAAAUGAAUCAAUUUGAAGCCCAGAGCUCCAUGAUUUCCAGAUGGUAGGAUAUGUUUUCUUCCAAAGCUUCUAAAUCAACAGUUGAAGAGGACUCAUUUUAUUUAUAUUUAAAAGUCAGAGUCGUAACAGUAUUGAGGUAAAUAGCAAGGUUUGUGGCUUGAUCUAGUUCUUUUCUCCGACUUUCGUUUGUAACUGUGGAUAAGUCACUGAAAUGUUUUGAGUGUUAUGGUGAUUUGCUGAUCGAUGACAUCCUCACUAAAAGUUUGACUUAAUGAUAUUGCCGCUUACAGAAAUAAGUAUGUUUCGAUUCAAGAAGAGUUUAUUCGCUUUAAAAUUAAAUUAUAAAUUAUAUUAAAGUUAUUAGUUACAAACCAUGUAUGAUUUUUGGUACGAGUAUGGCUUAGAACUUUCGUGUUUUGAAAGUUUAGUAGACUGGAAUUAGGUCGUUUAUCCAAAAGAGUAUUCUAUUGUAACAAUAUUUCAUUUGAAGGGAAAAGACUUCAAGGUUUUUUAGAUAUGUAUUGUAUACAUUUUUCGAUACUUUUAGUAUUACAACAUCAUGAAAUACAAUAUUUAUAUUAUU